AUGAACGCCAUGAUCAUGACGCCCCACAAGAUUCUGAGGACUACCAGGGAGGACGGUCCCUUUUGGGCCGGCCCUCUUCUGGCCCUCAUCGCACUGGCUACGGCCAUAUAUAUCCUCCUCUCCACCUUUGUCGACCUCGCCCUGUCCCCUUACUCCGCCCACCUCUCGGGUGCCUUCUUUGGCAUCCUUCUCUACCAUAUCAUCGCCGUCGUUCUCAUCCGGCCCUUGUCUUCCGGCGUCCCCGGGCCCUUAUUUCAUCCUGCCUCCGCCCCUGUUCCUGCCACAACUUCCGUUUCGAAAGCCACGCAGGCAGGCGAGUCCUGCAUUCGCGAAGCAGGUUUCCCAAAUUGCGGCCGCCCCGCCUUCUGUUGCAAGCGAGCAACCAAGGACCUGAGCGCCGCAUGCCUCGCCAACUCGCGUCUCAAGAAGCAGGUCGCCGCCCUCGAAGACCAAGUCAAGACCCUCCGCAAAAGCGCCCAGGCCGCAGACGCCCAAGCCCAAGCCCAACAGCAGCGCCUCGCCAGCGCAUCGCUCGCCCACGAAGCCGAGCUCGCCAGGGUCCGCACGCACGCCAAGAGGAUGAUGGCCGCAGCCGCCAAGCACGAGGCCGCCCGUUCCAAGCGCGCCGCCAAGAUCAAGGCGCGGGACGCCGCAGGGGCGCCGGCCGCGCAGGAGACGGUGCGCGCCGAGCUUGCGGAGCUGGAGGAGAUGCGCCGGGAACUGGUCGUGUUUCGGCCGGACCCGUUUGCGCGCGCCACGAUUGAGGCGCUGAAGAGGGAGAAGGGGGAGCUCGUGGCGCGGAAUGCCUUGUUGGAGGCGACGGCUGGUCCGUUGCCUCUCUUGGACGUUUCUGCGUCGCAGACGAAUGCUCCGUUGGAGGCUCCGGUCUGUACUGAGCUGGAGGAGAUGCGCCGGGAGCUGGUCAUGUUUCGGCCGGACCCGUUUGCGCGCGCCACGAUUGAGGCGCUGAAGAGGGAGAAGGGGGAGCUCGUGGCGCGGAAUGCCUUGUUGGAGGCGGCGGCUGGUCCGUUGCCUCUCUUGGACGUCUCUGCGCCGCCGAUGGCUCUGUUGGGGGCUUCGGUCUGUGCCUGA